AUGGCCGACGAGCGCGACGUGUACCGCGCCGUCGCCGAUGAUCGAGACGCUCCUCUCCGCGACGAAGACCCCGGCCGCACGAAACCGCCCAAGUCCCCGCCGCCCCAACCCUACCACACCGCCACCGCUCUAUCGUCCCUCGAAAGCCGCCUCGAGGAAUCCGAAGCCCGUCGUAUCGACUCCGAGGAACGUGUUCAGCAAUUGGAGAAGUUGGUGGAGGGUUUAUUGAAAAGCUCACCUGAACCAGCUGCGGCGCGGGCUGGAUUCUCUGAACCAGCCGCAGCGCGGGCUGGGGAGUUUACGUUUACGCCGGUGAGAUCGGUCCCCUUGGACGUUCCCCCACACACCAUUCUGGAACGUUCAGGCAAUACCGCUGACCCCCUUGUUCGUUCCCCUGGGGGGGAAUCUCACAGCGCACGAAGGGACGGCCCUUCCUCGGCAGUAAUCAGCUCUCGUUGGAGAGGGACGUUACCUGACCGGGAAGGGCUAUGGACAGGGGAUAACCCGGAUCGGUUGGUCACUUUCACUACAUUUGGGAAGUCGUACUUGUCUCUACUUUGCGACAUUUCCACCAGCGACCUUUUUACCACCGACCGCGUCAUCCAGCUUGUGGCGACCUUGUUCGUUCGUUCCACUUCUCCCAAGCGCCGUCAGUCUCCGCACGACUGGGCCGUUGAUACUAUGACGGACGCGCUCCGGGACGAACGACCUCACUGUUGGACGACACUGAUGACAGAAGUUGGACGUCGUUGGCCGGAUCCUGGCUUUGCCGACCGAGUGUCCCACGACUUCUACGGGUGCCGACAGUCUUCGUCUCGCGCCUACGACCAUGUGGGCGAAUGGCGUGCCCGCUACCGAGCGUUUAUGCACAACGACCCCAGCUUCAGCCUCUCGCCCCUUCAACUCGCCACAACCUUUUAUCAAUCGUUGAGUGAUGUGGCUAAGUGGGAAGUGCGGGCUGGUAUGCUGCGGGAAUAUCGGGAUAACUCACUCGUGACUAUAGGGAGGUUCGGACGAACUGUCCCGUCCCUCGAGGAGGUUACCGACUGGGCCGCCAUCGCCGACGACACCGGCACGACAUCAGUUUCGACCCCGCCGAUUCGUACGGCGACUUAUGGAGCAAUUGCAAAAACGCCACACACCGCCCCAUCCACGCCGAACGACGACGCACGUACUCAGAUCCGUCGAGCUCGAUGGAUGUGUUAA